GUUUCGAGCCCUACACUGAGAACCGCGUCGCCUCUCCCCAUGAGCUUAGAACUCCUCCAGGGCUACUCCUCCGCCUCCGAGGAGGGGGAAGGAGACGAUCGUAACCCUUCUUCCUCCCUCAGCGACAAUGGCGACGACGACGAAGACGAAGACGACGAUGGGGAGGAGGAGCGCGGCGACGAACCCCUCGCCUCUCGGAGCAAUCGAUCCAAUGGGGCGAAGAAAUCGCCCUCCGAUGCCCCAAAACCCUCCCCCGAUUCCGCCGUCCCCUCCGCGUUAGAGGCCUUUGCCGAGUGCACAGGGCCUCCGGAUUUUCUCAACAACUGCGUCGCCGCUCCCGAGGAGACGCGAGAAGCGCUCGGGGUGCUCGAUCGGAGGGCGAGAGAUCGGUCGAAGAGAGAUAAGAAGGAUCUUCCCGCUGGUGCUGUGCUGGAGGGAAAACCUCAGUUAGUUGCCAUUCGUGAUCGAGUAAGAAGUGAUGUUGAGGGGAGCACGCCCUCUUCUGGUCAUGUGACUCUUGGUGAAACCAAACGAGUAAUUACCGCUGCAAAUCCAGGAGCACAAGAUGCUGCUGAACUCUUGAGGAUGUGCCUUCAGUGUGGGGUUCCGAAGACCUACUCUCAUACACGUGGCGUAGUGUGCCCAAUUUGCGGAGAUCGCCCUCCUGCAGAGGUAAAAGAACCUGAUAAGAAGAAAGGGUCGACCAUCAAAGAGAAGGAGAAGAGCAAGAGGAUGAGAGGACAAUCGACUCAUUCUGCAUGGAAGAGCGAGACCGAGAUGCAGCUGAGACAACAAUAUGACUAACAAUCCAAAGAAAUGAUUGUGAAUCCUCGGAUGUUUAUAUUAAAAUCUAGUUGCAUGAAUCAUAUAUUAAAAUCUAGUUGCGUGAAACAUAUGAAUACUUGUAUGCUUCCUGAAAGUUUGUGGAACGCAAUUUAGUGUUGCCUUGAGAUUAGUUUGUGUUGUAUCGUUUUAUUUGCGAGCAAAUGUUAUGGUUUGAAAAUACUCUAUUUGGCAGACAUGGAUGUGAUUGCCUAAUCUCUACUGGAUAUCUUGAGUUGAUUCGUGGCAAUUAGAUUUUACCAUUUUAAAAUUA